GCAAACAGAUAGUUAAUCCCGUCACGUUUUAUAAAAUGUCGGCCGCAUUUUCACUACUUCAGAUAGUUCAAUCAUGUUUCGGUUGACGCUCGUAACGUGUUCCCUGUUCGUCUCAUGGGGCGCGGCAGUGGACGUAAACUGGUACAAGAACAUCAUCGUGUACCAAAUCUAUCCGAGGAGCUUCAAGGAUAGCAACGGAGACGGUAUCGGUGACCUGAAAGGCGUUACAAGCAAGUUAGAGCAUGUCGUAGGCAUAGGCGCUAAGGCCAUCUGGCUGUCGUCGAUUUACAAGAGCCCGCAAGUCGACUUCGGCUACGAUAUCUCCAACUUCACGGACGUCGACCCGAGUUAUGGAACUCUGGCCGAUUUCGAUCAGCUGGUAGCCAAAGCCAAGAAGCUCAAGCUCAAAGUGAUCAUGGAUUUCGUGCCUAAUCACAGCUCUAACCAGCAUCCCUGGUUCCAGAAAAGUGUUCGCAAGGUUAAACCGUAUGACGGGUACUACAUCUGGCAGAACGGCAAGAUCGUCAACGGGAAGAGACAGCCACCAAACAAUUGGCUGAGCAACUUCGGGGGCUCGGCCUGGCAAUGGAACGACGUGCGCAAGCAAUAUUAUCUGCACCAAUUCGCUGCGGCUCAACCGGAUUUGAAUUAUCGCAGCGCAGCGUUGAAUCAGGAGAUGAAGAACGUGUUAACGUUUUGGAUGAAUCGCGGGGUCGACGGUUUUCGCAUCGCCGCGAUCAAUUUCAUGUUCGAGGACGCCAAGUUCCGGGACGAGCCACGCAGCAACAAAACCGGCAUCCCUAAGGACGACUACGACAGCUUGGUCCACAUUUACACGAAGGAUCAGAACGAGACCUACGUAACGUUGAAAAGCUGGAGGAAACUGAUGGACGAACACUCGAAUCGUACGAAAUCCGAUCCGAAGCUGAUUCUCACGGAAGCGUACACCACUCACGAUCUGACCAUUAAAUACUACAACGCUGGCUCUAAUGUUCCUUUUAACUUCAUGUUCGUUAACCAGCUGCACAACAAAUCUAAACCAGCAGACUAUAAAACGCUGAUCGACAAGUGGGUGAGGACAGCGCCGAAAGGCAGCGUUCCGAAUUGGGUUGUUGGUAAUCACGACAAUCAUCGCGUGGCCACGAGAUUCGGUCAUGUACGAGCCGACGAUGUUAUGUUGAUGUCGAUGAUUAUGCCUGGCAUUUCGGUGAUUUACAACGGCGACGAGAUCGGUAUGGUGGACAGGAAAUUCACUUACGCCGAGACGGUGGACCCGGCCGGUUGUAGCGCCGGUCGCAAUAGAUAUCACUUGAAAUCUAGAGAUCCCGCGAGAACGCCGUACCAAUGGAAUAACAGCACCAGCGCUGGUUUUUCUACCAAAGCGAAAACUUGGCUACCUGUGAAUUCGAAUUACAAGACUGUGAAUCUGGAGGCACAGCGAGACAUAUAUAUCACGCAAUACGAGAAAUUCAAGAAAUCAGUAAUGGUGAAAAAACGAGCGGUUGUCGCGCACGGCUCUCUGAAUAUCACCGUGUGUGAUUCAAGGGUUUUGUGUGUUAUGCGAGCUUACGGGAGAGAUAGGAUAUUUGUGCUGUUUGGUUUUAUCGAUGUACCUGUCACUUUAGACGCUGAGACUGUGUUGCCAUUUCCUUUUGACCUGGUAGUUCAUACUGUUAUCGGCGAUUCUGAUCUUCGUCCGGGUACCUUUGUUUCAUCGGGUUCGAUAACUAUCCCUGCAUCUGGUGCUAUUAUGUUUGCCACCCCCAAUUUACUUUCAUCGAACGAUGAGAACCUUUGAUUUUUUUUUUUUUUUUUUUUAAUACGAUUAAUGUUGUUGAAGGGUAGAAUUGGGUAAUUAAAUAAUCUGAUUAAUGAUUGAAGAUUGUGAUUAAUGUGAAAUGAAUUAUUGCUGCCGGUUGUUACUAAUUAUUAUUUAACAACCAAUUCGAUAGAAUACAAUAAAUUGAUACAGUACAAUAAAAUAAAUAAAGUUCAUGAUUGAUUUAAAAGUCGUUGCUCGUGAAAUUGCAAUUCUAAUUGUAUUAUCAUCUCGUGUUUUAAUAUAUUUUUGUUCAUGAU